CAGGGUCAGGAGGUGACCGUCGCCCCGCAGCUGGGCUUGGCUGUCUUCACAGGCGUUCUGAAGUCACUGCCUUGUUUUUGGUUUUAACGGGUUCACAGAUGAUUCCGAGUUAAAUUUCUUGGCCCGCUUGGGAAAGGGAGAAAAUCCCCAGCACAUCGUUGGUUGUUGCGCGUUUGAAACCUUGCACUGCCAAGUUCUGCCUGUGAAACAUGUUUCGUAAUACUGCCUUCCGAGCAAACCUAGCCAUUAGUUUGCCCGAGCUCAAAGCCCCGGUUUAGUUUCUUUUAUGAACAGCAGCGUAAUGUUUCGGUUAAUUGACCCCUACUCCUGAAAAUCAUAGGUGUAGCACCUGUUGAACGUUUACUUCACUUAGUACUUUUCACAAUCAUAGGAAAAUAGAAGUGGUAGUGAUUUAUUCAUCUUUCAUUUUUAAUAGAUGCUUUUUUAUUCUAAAAAUAAGUACUGUUGAAGGAAAUUUGGAGAAUGCAGGAAUGUUGGAAGGAAGCAGAUGGAAAAAGAAAUCAACCAGUGCCCUACCACUCAGGCUCAAUGGCUGUUAACAAUUUGGUCUAUUUCCUUCCCAUUUUUUCUGUUUAUAUAUAUUCACCUGGUUGUAUCGUACUUCACAGGCAAUUUUCCUUUUUUCAAGAUACAGGAUAAAUCAUGUUAAUGAAUGCAAAUUGGGCAUUGAAAAGGUCUAAUAAUUGGGUUUCCUCUCGCCCCACCCCCAAAAAUUAAGUUGCUCUGGUGUGGCUAAUUCUUUUAAAAUAUCAAGAGCUAGAAAGGAAUGUGGUGAUCAGCUACUUCCAACCUUCCCUGCAGUCGCUUUAAUAAUCGUUUCUAUGACUGUUGAUAGAUUUCUAUUGCUGAUUUGUCAGUUUCUAAGUCCCUCCCUCACAAUAAAAGUUUAAAAGUUAAACUCGGUUUUACUCUUAGUGACUCCAGCCAGAACCUAGUGUCAGAAUCAGGCAUUUUGUGUCAGGAGACUAUUCAUGGCUCUAUUUAACUUUGGAGGGUAGCGUUCAAUUUUCUGUUUUCCUGUUUGUAUAUGCCAGAAAGUCUAGCAGAAUGUUUACAGGACCCCACCCCAAUCAAAAUGCUACACUGUUUUUGGAGGAGGAUGGUUAGGACAGUAAGGAAGCAGCAUCUUAAUGACUUUAGCCCUGGGCAUUAUGCCCUGGCUUGUCCCCAGUAUGUCAAUUUAUAUUAAAUUGUUCUGAGCAGAUUUUAAAUUUUACUUUAUGAAAGCUUUUUCAUUUCAAAAGAGACAGGCAUUUUUCACCUUCUUUACUACUCAAGUGGAAUCAGACAAGGAUGAAAUUUUAUGUAAACAUGUUAAAUGUAUUUGAUACAGGAUUCUAUUUCUUUGUAGAUUCAGACAAAUCCAGAAAUGAUGCAGUGGAAGUACAAGUGAAUGGAAAUCUUAUCAAAGAACCUGACCACAUGGAAUUGGAAGAAGGCAAUGAGUCUGGACAACUUAACAUGCGUGGAGUUUUUCUGCAUGUCUUUGGAGAUGCCUUGGGUUCAGUGAUCGUUGUAGUAAAUGCCUUGGUCUUUUAUUUCUCUUGGAAAGGUUGUCCUGAAGGGGAGUUCUGUGUGAACCCAUGUACCCCUGACCCCUGCAAAGCAUUUGUAGAAGUAAUUAACAGUACUCAUGCACCAGUUUAUGAGGCUGGUCCUUGCUGGGUACUAUAUUUAGACCCAACUCUUUGUAUUGUAAUGGUUUGUAUACUUCUUUACACAACUUAUCCAUUGCUUAAGGAAUCUGCUCUUAUCCUUCUGCAAACUGUUCCUAAACAAAUUGAUAUCAAACAUUUGAUAAAGGAACUUCGAAAUGUUGAUGGAGUAGAGGAAGUUCAUGAAUUACAUGUUUGGCAGCUUGCUGGAAGCAGAAUCAUUGCCACUGCUCACAUAAAAUGUGAAGAUCCAACAUCGUACAUGCAGGUGGCUAAAAUCAUUAAAGACGUUUUUCAUAAUCACGGAAUUCACGCUACCACCAUUCAGCCUGAAUUUGCUAGUGUAGGCUCUAAAUCAAGUGUGGUCCCCUGUGAGCUUGCGUGCAGAACUCAGUGUGCUCUGAAGCAGUGUUGUGGGACACGGCCACAGGUCCUUUCUGGAAAGGAUGCAGAAAAGGCCCCAACAGUUAGCAUUUCUUGUUUAGAACUUAGUGACAAUCUGGAGAAGCAGCCCAGGAGGACUAAAGUUGAAAACAUUCCUGCUGUUGUGAUAGAGAUUAAAAAAAUGCCAACCAACCAACCUGAAUCAUCUUUGUAAGUCUUGAAAAGAUGUGAUGAUUGACUAUUGCUUUUAAGCUGCAAGAGGAAAAAACCUCCACUGAAAUUCUAAGUUUGCCAAGUAGUGUAAUUGAAGUCCUGUUCUGGUCACACAGUUAAUUCUAUUUUUGUAAGAACAUAAUGGGACUGCAUAACAGAGUUCUAUAUUACAACUUUGUGAUUGUUAGUGCAGAGUUCAGCUGUGCUGUAACAGUUUUGGAAAGCCAGUUUUAACACUAUGUUACAUUUUUGUUUAAGUAUAAACUUUAUAUACAUAAUGGCAUUUGAUUUCCGUUUUCCCACGGUAAAAAUUAAUUAGGGGGAUAAAUAAAAUUGUUACUGGAAUUUCUCUGUUUUUCUUUCCCCCAGUGUUGUACUUUUGUUGAUUAGAAUUGUAAUUGCUAGAACUUUAAGUCAGCAAGUUUUUCCUUUGAUAUUUUGGAUAAUUUUUACUUGCCCUUUGAGAUCAUUAUCUGGCAUCAUGGCAGCAUAUUUUAAGAGUGACUCAUGGAUAUUAGUAAGAGAUCCUUUUUUUAAAAUUUACAUGGAGUAUUUAGAACACUAAAGAUCAGUUACUAUGCUGUGUUCUCUAUUUCUGAAUGUUACUCUAAUAUAAACCGUGAGAUAAUUAAAUUGUGAACUAUAGUUUACACAUGUGAUAGGAUAUAUGGGGAAUAAGAGCAGGGAAGAAAGUUUACCAAACUAAUUGUGUGUUAACAUUCAGAAGACAUUUCUAAAUUAUUUUGAGAGUUUCAACUCAUGUUUUCUUUUACCAGAGUUAGUCUAAAACAUGGACAUGUUCACCAGCAUUACUUUCUUUGAAAGACUGAUACUAGAAACAGUGAAAUGAAAGUUUACUCACAAAAUACAUACAAUAAAUAUUUCUAAGGAUGUUAAUAACAUGUUAAACAUAAGCUAUUAACAAGAUCUUUUAAACUGUGAGUACUUAAAAAUAAUGCUGUUUGCAGAGUUAAAGUCAUUUCAUGGCGACCAAUCAUGAAUGGAUUUAAAUGGAGCUUUUCAAAUACAACUAACAAUGCUUGUGCUUGCUAAGAGCCACUGAUUUGGGAGGGAAAAAAAUCUGAAGGUUAAUGCAAUUUUGAAUAUGAGAUUCUUACAAAGCAAAUUAAUACUUAAGGCUAGAUUCUGUAAGUCAUCCUGUCUUGACAUUGUUCAGAUCCUCUAAUAGUGGCUUAUUUUGCAAAGAUGCUACAAUAUCUACACAGGAAAUUGUUCUUUACUUUCAUUUUGCUAUGGAUUUUAAAUCCAUACAGAAAUAUUAUUUUAUGGUAUUUAAGUUAUAUUUUUCUUGAUAGAGAAGAUAUUAUGCUUUGUGAAGAAACUGUAGAUUUUUGUCCUCAGAAGGAUGAAAAUCGGUUAUCACGUACAGCUCUAUUUUUCUAGAAGCAAGAUGUCCUGACGACUUAAGUGACUUUUAUAGCUGUGACUACCUUUGGGAUGGCAGCCUUUUGGGGUCUAAAAUAAUUCACUGUUUAGUGGGUCUUAAGAUGAAAAUUUGGAAUUUGACAGUUACUUUUUAAAGGGAUGAUCUUUAUGGUAGAUGGUGUGUGUUUUUCUAGUGUAAGCCUGUUGCUGGCAAUGGGCCUAUUGAAGAACAGACUUGAGGUAAUUUUAGGAACGUGGUUUGUAAGUUCUUAUUUACUCUUAACGGGCCAAAACCAUAACCUGCCAAUAUGCAAUACAUUUUGAUCUUUUAAUACUCUCACCUAAUACUGUGUAAUUCAAUUCCUACACUGGUAGUUAGCUUGAAUUUUGCAAAAGUGUUUGAGGUGUUUUGUUUUGUUUUUUUUACAUGAAACUGGGGGUCUCAUUAUGUGGAUGAACGACAGAGAGAGCACUGGAGAUUGUACUGUAUCAUGUACAUUUCCUGAUUUAAGACUUUAUAGAACAUUUUAUUAAGAUCUCAAAACAGUUUAUAUUAUAAAAGCAUUUCAGUAAUGAGACAAUAGGAUAACUGGUAAAAUACAUUCAAAUGAGGUUUUCUUUGUAAAUGCUGUAUUUAGAAUGCGUUUCUUAAAGGUGGUAUAACACCUAAGCAUAAGACACCAACUGAAGAAGACUUUAAGUGAUGUGUAAGCACAGGACAAGGGCUCUGGUUUUGUUUUUUCAAGUGCUUUGAAGGUAAUAGCCUUUAGGUCUUAGUUAUUUACUUUUCAUAAUUAUUUUUAAGUAGCUUACAUGUAACAAAGUGGUACCAUAGGAUUUUCUUUUUUCAAAGGACUUUGUCAUGAUAAAAAUCAGUGGGCACUGACUCGCCUUUGAGUUUUAACAGACUUAUUUAUUUCUUUACGAUGCACUUUUCUAACCCAUUGUUAGCGAUACUAGCAUUACUUUUAAAACAUGCUUUUGUAUUUAAAUAUUGUGGAAUGAAGGUGUUUUCAAAAUAGCUUAUUCUUUCCUGAAGAAAAUGAGUGAAUAGCCUGGAUUAUUAAGAGAGUUAACCCAAUAUUUAAAUACACUGUUUUAUAACACUGCAUCAGUUAUAGGAGUUGCCUCUCUCCUGCUAGCUCUUUUCUAUUUGAGCAAGAUCAGUGUAUUUAGACUAUGUGUUUAGAGGCUGGUCUGUUGUCUCAGUUUAGUGAGAAGGAGGUGCUGCGUGUGCCUGAAUUAAAACCAACUCUGAAAUUUUUCCAAGCCAAAUGCAGCCUUAAUGGUGAGAGAUUUAAUUCUCUUUUGUUACCUUUUAGCUUAUUAUGAUUAAUUUUUUUGAAAGUGUCUGCAUUUAAACUAUAGAGUAGAACCUAAUAAACAAAAACCAAAACUCUCAAAAACCUUGCUGUAUGUAUUUUAAUGUUUUAGAAAAUGAUAUGUUGAAUACCUAAGGUAUGUAAUUUGAGUAGGAAAAAUUUCUAUCUAGCGCACCUUGGAAAAAUCACUGUAGGUAGAAAAAGAAGUCUUUGUUAACGUGUUUUCAUCUUGUUAACAUCCUCAGCUGAUUUUGAAUUUUUGAAAGUUUUGAGGGAGACGACCUAUGGAAUCUAAUGUGAAGUAUUUAGUAGGUUAACUGGUACUGAGUUGAAGAUUUUUGCUGUUUAUAAACAGAUAUCAUUUGAAUGAGAGAAAUGUCAUUUACCUGCUGUCUUAUUAUGUUCACACAUGCAAAUAUGGAGAGUAAUUCUACAAUAUAAAAAUAUUUAUUUUAAUAUUGAGUUUCAGCUAAGUCAUAAAACAGUGUUAAAACUCUUGGGAAGGUGUUUUUUUUUUUUUAUUUUAUUUGUUUGUUUUUUAAUUGAAACUGUCAAAUACAGUGUUUGACCAUCUCUGAAGCAGGAAUUGUAACGCACCAUUUUUAUGUAGCUCUACCAAUACUACGUGGCAAUGCUGUUUUGUUUUACUAACACGCUCUGGAGUGUUCAGCCGUCAUUUUCACUGGCACGAGAGCCUUUUGUAUGUCAUUCAAUUUAAACUUUUAAACCAAAAAUUUUAUGGUCCAGUGUCUUUGACAAAAAGAUGCUGAAGGGAAUGUAACAUACAAUUUAUCUGUGGUUAUAUAUAAAAAGACAAAUCGCCAAGUUAUGGGUCUGCCUUGAAACAGCACGAUGAAGUGUAUCAGUGUGUGCUGUGAUUCUUUAUGAAGUUUUCAUGUUGUGCUGUUCUUGUGUCUGCUGUUGCCUGUUCUUUGGGCCAGAUGUGGCGCGGUUAAAUGCAGUUAUCAUCUCAUUAAAUGCAGAUGCAGAUAAAAUGUCUUUAGUGCUGCAACAUUUUACCUGACUUUUUGUAUGUUUUAUGACUGUGUUAUUUUCCAAAGCUGUUCCUACCUCACCAUGAGGCUUUAUGGAUUAUUGUGUAUUAUAAAUGUUCUAUAUGAGACAGACUACUGUGUUUCUUCUCGUUUAUUAAAAGUUAAGUAGAAAAAUAAACUAAUUUUAAUAU